AUGCAAGGAUGGCGUAUCAGCAUGGAAGACGCCCACAGCGUCCACCUCUACCUUCCCCCUGCUUCUGAUGACUCAAAACCCAUCGUCUCCGCCCCCGAUAUCCCUCAACAGCCGGAAGGUUCAACAGUCACCAGCAACAACGCCGGAGAGACUGGCAACGCUCUUUUCGGUGUGUUUGACGGACAUGGUGGUCAGGCCGUGGCCAAAUUCGCGGGAUCCACUUUGCAUACCAGGCUAGCUGGUCUGCCUGCUUACAAGGAUGGCGAUUAUGAGGCUGCGUUGAACCAGGCUUUCAUCAAGACAGAUGAAGACUUGCGUGCGGACCCUUCUUUCUUGAGCGAUCCUUCGGGGUGUACCGCUGUGGUCGGACUCAUCACCACUGACGGUCGGAUCAUCUGUGCCAACGCUGGUGACUCUCGGUCAGUCCUUGGGUACAAGGGCGAGGCCAAGGCCAUGUCCAACGACCACAAGCCCACCAAUGCCGAGGAGACCGCCCGAAUCACCGCUGGAGGUGGUUUCGUCGAUUUCGGCCGAGUCAACGGCAACCUCGCCCUCUCCCGAGCCAUGGGCGACUUUGAAUUCAAGCAAAACUUUUCCCUCUCCCCCGAAAAGCAGAUCGUCACUGUCGUUCCCGAAAUAAUUACCCACAAACUCGACAGCGAGGAGGAGUUCCUCGUGCUUGCCUGUGAUGGUAUCUGGGAUUGUUUGUCUAGUCAGCAGGUGGUGGACUUCACGAGGAGGGGCAUUGCGCAAGGAAAGCCAUUGGGUCAGAUCUGUGAGGAGAUGAUGGUCAAGUGUCUGGCCAAGGACAGCAGCACGGGUGGCAUCGGGUGUGACAACAUGACUGUUGUUGUUGUUGCGCUUCUGAAUGGCAGAACACCGGAGGAAUGGCAAAACUGGGUCAAGGAGCGAGUUGACAACAAGGUUGGCCACGACACCCCCGAAUCCAUCCCCGAUAUCUUCCCCGAACCUACCGGUCCUGCCAUGGGCGGCUUUGGUGGCUCUGGCUUCCGUGUCGCUGGCGGUGCCGGCGGUCUUGCCAACAUUGCCUCCAUCCUUGGUGCUUCCGGUAUCACUUUCCGUCCCAACUAUGACGAUAACGACGAUGAUGACGACGACGACGAGGAACUCCAAAUCAUCGGCGACUCCUCCAGCCAGUCGUCAGGCGUUAGUUUUUUGGAUGACAAGGCGGUUGACGGGGAGACAAAGCCCAAGUCUAUCACGGGACAGCUCGAGGAGGAAGGAGAUGAUGUGGUGCUGAGGGGUGUUGGCAAGAAGGGAUCAGUGAAGCUUGUGGAUGAGGACGGAGACUCUGCUAUGGACUCGGACGACUCGGACUCGACCACCACUGGCAACGACCCCUCGCCCCAACCGUCCGCCCCCGCCCCCGUAGCUCACGGCGCUGCCGGCUCCCCUAUUCCCCCAUCAUUCUUCUCUAUCGGUUCCCCCACUGUGCCUACCCCUUCAGCUUUGCAGGGCCACCAUGCGCAAAAAGAGGAGGAGAAGGUGGAGCAACUGAAGAGCGAGCCGCAGGGUGAUGAGGCGUCUGGUGCGGUCAAGGUUGAGGGUUUGAUGGACACCAGCGAGUCGCCCCUCAACCUCUAA